AUGGUCUCCAUGAAAGUACUCUCCCUGAGACAAGAUGAAUUUCUGACAACGCCGCCGCCGUUUCCAUUAUUGAUUAUUCUAACAAGUCUAAUUUGCGUGAGUUUCUGUGCUCCACAAGAUCUUUCGAAUCCAGAGCCAGCUAAGAUAAUACCUAUUGUCCGGCAACAACAAGAAGUGAAUGUUGAUGGAACAUAUGAAUACAGUUUUGAAACCGGAAAUGGAAUUAUCGGCGAAGAAAAAGGCUUUCUGAAAGAUAUAGGUAAAGAAGACGAAGCCCAAGUAGCUCAAGGUCGUUCUGAAUAUACCUCGCCGGAAGGUAUCCGCAUCGAACUCAACUAUAUUGCCGAUGAAAACGGUUUCCAACCUGUAGGUACUCAUCUACCAACUCCUCCGCCAAUACCGGAAGCAAUUCUGAAAGCUCUUAAGUUGAUAGCUUCCCAAGUGUCUAGACCUCAAAAAAGCUACCAAAACUCAAAAAUGGAAAAGAAUCAAUUGUUUGAAUGA